AAGAUUUACUAUGUCAGUAUGGCACAUUUUUCAUGAUGGUUUUUAUUGCACAACCCUAAUAUGGAUUUCAAAAAGCAGGACAUGGAAUCAGAUGCUUUUAAGGAGGAAGACCAUAUGUCACAGCACACUGCUAGUGAUCUGACAAGCAUGGUACCAUCUUCCAAUAUAAUAAUUGAUAAGGUCAUGCCUUCUUUUACCUCAGGUUGGGUUGAGAAUAUGAGUGAGUCCUCCAGCAAGAAGUGUCCACUUUUAUACAGUUCAGAAGCCAGUGCUAUGGCGGGCAACAGUAAUGUCUCAGCAGAUAACUUGGGCCACAACCAAGCUUUUCAGCAUGCAAGCGAGUUACAUUAUUUGGCCAGCUCUGAUUUUUUCUCUCAAAAGUUGGCUUCCAGUGAAACCCAAGCUGGAAUUCAUGAUGCAAAUGACACCUUAGAAAUGUUGACUCCUCCUCUGCUCCCUGCCACAGAGCGUGGGGUGAACUAUUGUGCUUCCACCUACAAAAACACAGAACAGACUCCAGAGCAGCAGGACCAGAUGAUGAGGCAGCAGAUGGAGCAGCUGCGAAGGCUGGUGGCUGAACAGCAGAAAAUUAUUGCACUUUACAACCCAGGCUUUUCUAUUUCUCACCUAGUAGCCACAAUGCCACCCCUUCUGUGCUGUCCAGCUACUGCCAUUCCUGUCCAGUUCCCAACAGAAAGUUCUUCCCAAGUUGAGCGCCUGGAGCACUUACAGACCUCUCCCUUGGCAAUGUGCUCUGCUCAGCAAAGCAGAUCUCCACUGCUCAUGCCAAAUGAGAGCAGUUCAGAAAUCUCAGGAGACCACAUGCACCUUUCAGAUUCAGGGAUAAGCACAGAGCCACUGCUUCAGCAUACUGAGAGCCCCACAAAAAAACUUGCCAGACAAAAUGCUCAAGAAGAAAACAGAGAAGAAAACAAAGAGAACAGUCAAUUAGAAGAAAGGAGUUUCCCUGAAAUUUUUUCUGAUGUCAAAGAACAAAGAGAACAAAUAAAGGAGAAGAUUCCUCCAUCUCCCUUUGACGCAGAGGCAAAGAUGAAGACUGGAAACAUAGAAGACAGGCCAGUCACACCAGAAAUUGGUAUUAGACAGAAUACUUCUGAAGAAUUUGUUGAAGAACAACUUGAAGUAGACAAUCACCUCCUAGAAAAACAGCAGGAGCACCAGAGCAAGGCAAAAGUAACAACUCGGAAGGCUUUUCUGAAACGAAAAGAUGGUAUGGCAAGGCUCAGAAGAAAUAAACAGAAACCUUUAAAAGACGACAACAAGCAUUCCAGAAGAGCUGGUUUGGAUUGCUCAGGUCAUUUCUCCCAGCCUGGCCAAGUGAAUGCAGGUGUACUGCACCUAGGGGAAUGCUCUCACUUCAGUCUUCAGGUCAGUGGCUCCAGGAAGAUUGGUACACAUGAAAAUAAGGCAGACAAUGCUUCAGCUGAGUGGGAGUUAAAUUCUCAGACUGACUGUGAAGCAAAAAUAGUAGAGCAAAGUUUAGAAGAAAAACAAGUGAUCAGGAGAGAUGAAAACACAAAUCCCACUGGCUCACCACAGAAAAGGUGGCCUGAAAUCCUGCAACCAAGUCCAGAAACAUUAAUGGAAAUGAACCUGCAAGUAGGCGAGGAAAAGGAAAAUCGUCAUAUGGAUUCUCUUGGGCAAGCAGGCAGAACUGAUGGAAGACCUGUGCAUGGUACCCUGAAAAAGCACCUAGGUAGGGUGGAUUGGCCUCUAAGGGGUCAUCACACAGAAGGAGCAAAAAACCCCUUGGAGGUCCUGCAAAAGCGUUCUCUACUACAGGGUUUAAAACCAGAUCACAUCAAGGAAUCACAGUGGAGUGCAGACCCUGCGUUCACACAGGGUGAGAAGUGGGCUCGGGCUUGCACACAGGAACCUGUUUCAGGGAGCCAGAGCUCAGAAAGCAAAAGACAAAUCAAUACUGGGUUUAAGAUGGUCAAUGAUAAGAUAGUAAAAAUGACAUGUAGCUCACCUGAGGCUGUGGAGAAGGGAAGCUCAUCCUCAGCCUUGAAGCAGGACUGGCAAAGGAAAGGGAGAGCUGCCUCAGCAUGGUAUGUUGCAUCUUCAUCCUGUGAAUCAAGCUGCUUAUCCUCCAGCAGCGAUGAUGACUCCAAAUCUCACCAUGCUCGGUAUCCCUCCCAGAAUGGGCCUCAGGGAGUAGAUCAUACUUGUGCACAUUUGGAUCUCUCUGAUGGUGAUUAUGCUAGUGAUGAGCCCAGUGGAACUAAAAUAAAGUAUGUUAAAAAAUACAGCAUGUCACCCCCAAGGAAACAAGAUAUUCAAGGGAUCUCAAGACAAGAUUUCUCCUGCAGCACAAGCAGCAGCGAUUCCAGUACCAGGGCUGCCAGACUGAAAGAGAGCAAGGCUUGCUCUUCUCUUCAGCAGUCUUUAUAUUAUCCCACAAAAUUGAAAAGGAGGGAGCAUGAGCCUGAAUCAAAGAAUGAGAAUAGGGCCAAGGAUGUUAAAAGCCUACAUCUGCCACCCUCAACACUGUCUGGUGAGAUUCCUGCUUUCAAGAUUAAAGAAACCUCUGCAGUGGAGGAAUCUCAGAAAAAGCUGUUUAGAGACAGAUUAGAUGUGUUUAUAGAAGAAACCCAGAACGUUGUUACCAGAGGAUUAGAGACUGGCGUAUGUCGCAGAGGAACCCCUCCAAUGACUAAGAUGAAGGAAGAACAAGAGAAAGCAACACAUUUGCACAGAACACAAAUGGACCAGCUCAACAUUGUUCGGAGCCAGGAACCGACUCAUUCUUUGGAAUACAACAGGGACCAAAUUCACCCGCCGCAGGAAGAAAACAUUGCCCAUAGCAAGUUCAAAGGAGCAGCUAGUGUCACUGAAGAAACAAAAUCAGAAGAAAUACAAAUAUUAAAACAGCAGAUUGCUGGACUGCAGGAAGAAUUCAAGAGAAAUGAGUCCUGCUGGCAUGCUGCCUAUAACAAGCUGAGAGACCAGGUUGAGAUGCUGACCAGGCAGAACACAAAGCUUCUAGAUGGGCUCAGAGUUUCAGAACAUCAGAGGUGGAAAGAAGAAAAGCACCCAGAAGCUGUGAAUUUCACUGACAGAAAAUCAGAGACACCGGUUGCAGAAGCUAUUCUGCGAGAGACAGCAUCUUCAUCCAAACAAGAAGGGAGAUCACGGAGAGAUAAUCACAAAAGUUACCAUAUGUCUUACAUGGGACCGAAGACAUCUUUGCAAAGACACUUCUUCAGAGAUGCAAAUAGUGAAACAAUAAAAAGCUCUGUGCAAAGGGAUGAUCCUUUAAGAUCGAUGACAAAGGAGCAUCAGGAAAAGAAACCAUCUAACUGCUCUUUUGGCAGAAGCACAACACCAACUGGCAGGAAGACACAUCACCGAGGAAGACUGACACCUUUUGAACCAGAAAAAGUUGUACAUCAACCUUCUCCUGCUGGGAGAAGAAUAGAUGACAGGAAAUCACCUGGAGCUGUCUCACAUCUGAGUGUUGGUUUUAAGGAGCCUAACUCAUCUUCCUAUGUAAAAGGCAGGUCUUUACCCAUUUCAUAUAGCUCAGAAGACAUGUUCCUCUCACAUAACGACAGCAAUGACACUUGCAGCUUUGCGCUCUGCAGUAACAUUGAAGAAACAGAGAAAGAAGAGACUCUUAACCUUCAAAAGACAGAAAAAAUGUUAAAACCUCAGAAUAAAGUGGCUUUUGUGACCACACACAGGAGAAGUGGCAUAACUGCAUAUGACAACAAAGUAUCUACAGACAGUUCUACUGCUUUUGUGGAUGCUGAAACAAAGCCUCCAAAAUCAAUACUAUCUAGAAGGUCAAUGCUACAUCAAGACAGAAGAAUAAGUGAAGAAGAGGUGCAGGAAAAAACUGAGUAUCGUGAUGGAAAGGUAGAAGAGGUGCUUACUGAUGGACGUCGAAUCAUCACUUUCCGCAAUGGUACUAAAAAAGAGAUCAGUGCUGACAAAAGGAUGACGACAAUUAGCUUUUUCAAUGGAGAUGUAAAGAAGAUCAUGCCAGAUCAAACAGUGAUUUAUUAUUAUGCAGAUGCACAGACAACCCACACUGCUUAUCCAGAUGGCCUGGAGGUGCUGCAGUUCCCUAAUAAUCAGAUAGAAAGACAUUAUCCUGAUGGCACAAAAGAAAUUGUGUUCCCAGAUCGCACAGUGAAAUGCCUCUAUAGCGAUGGAUUCAAGGAAACUUUUUUCCCAGAUGGUACAGUAGUAAAAGUAGAAAAGAAUGGAGAUAAAAUAGUGGUAUUCAGUAAUGGCCAAAAGGAGAUUCACACUGUGCAGUUCAAGAGGCGGGAGUACCCAGAUGGCACUGUGAAAACUGUGUACUGCAAUGGCAGACAGGAAACCAAGUACUCCACUGGACGGGUUCAAAUCAAAGAUGAGGAGGGUAAUAUCAUCCUGGAUAAGAAAUGAUUCCUCCCCUCAAGGGGCUACACUCUACGUAAGUAGCUCAACUUGUUUUCUUGGCAGUUCAGAAUUGUUAGGAAGAUUUAAGCCUUAUGAAAAUAAAUGGGUGGAACCAUAGGGCUGUAAUUCACUUUGUGUCAGUGACUGGUGCUUAGUUCAGAAUAAACUUACCCAAAUUAAAUGUCUCUUGGGUAAGACUUGAAGGAGAUGCAGUCAUGUCCUCUCUGUGUAUGUAAUGUUUAGAUAAAUGCCUGUAAUAUUUCUCAUCAAAGUGUUUUUUUCAAGAUACUGAUCACACUUUCCCUUGUUUCUCUGCUAAUUAGUUACAAAAGUGACUACAACAAAGAAGCUUGGAAUAAGAAGCUUUUGAAUUUUAGUUUAUGUUGC